GGACCUGUGGACCGGUCGGCACGGAGAGUAUCUCAAUUAUUAUUGUCUCGAUACCCGUGUUUCUUGCUCCUAUGUUCUGAAGUAAGAGAAACUACUGUGUAGACACCAACUCCUUGGUAGGCUAUUCAUGAAGCAUUGUGUUAAUAUAUGAUAAGCUUCAUGACCAAUUGGUGUCACGGUCGGUGAGGAGACGAGGAGAGACGAGUUAUCUGUUGAGAUUAACUUCGCCACGGUCACAAGUUCAGGGAGGUGACGUUUCGUCCACGGUUGAUGCAGUUCGUUUUCUAACCGCUAGGUGUCGUUUUAUAAGAGGGCUGUUGAAAAUGACAAUAAGGUUUAACGCAGCGACGUGGAAGAGUUAGCAACUAUGAAAAUAAUGUCACGCCGGUCAAUGUCUCUCGUGUGAUUACGUCGGCUUUUAAAUGUUUUUAACGGUGUAUUUAACCGUGUAUUUGAAAUGGUAUUGAAUAAUAAUUGUCAAUCUUAAUCUCAUACUUACAUAGAGUUCGCUAUGGACGAUGCAAUAGCGAUUAUUUUAAUAUCCCUUGCGAUGUUUUUCGGAUGUUUUCUACUAGGUUUGAUCCCACUUUUGUUCAAACUUUCUGAGAAAAAGCUGCAUUUCGUCAGUAUAUUCGGAGCGGGCCUUCUCUGUGGUACUGCUCUUGCUAUUAUCAUACCAGAGGGAGUGGAACUACUGGACGAGUCAUUUAGAGCCCCCUCCUGCUCCUUGGUCUCAGCAGCCAAUCAGAAUGCCAGUGACAACGGGGUCGGGGGUCAGACCGCAGGGAAUGGGGAUCCCCCCUCUAAAGGCCUUCCAGCACGGUUCUUCAUCGGGGUCUCCCUCGUGAUGGGGUUCACCCUCAUGUUCCUGGUGGACCAGAUCAGUAGCUACUGCUCCAUACAUGAUCCACGAACUGGAAUUUCCAAUAGAACCAGCAUCACAGCUACACUUGGACUGGUCAUUCAUGCUGCUGCUGAUGGUGUAGCUCUUGGAGCGGCUGUGGCUUCCUCCCAGGUCACAGUUCAAGUUGUGGUGUUCCUGGCUGUCAUUCUGCACAAGGCUCCUGCAGCGUUUGGUUUGGUUUCCUUUCUGAUGCAUGCAGGUUUAGAGAAGAAGCAGAUUCAACAACACCUGUUAGGCUUCUCUGCUGCAGCACCUGUGCUGGCUAUCAGUACCUACUUCAUCCUUAAUGAGAGUGGUGGUUCGUCCCAACACCGUCUUAGCGCCACAGGAGUAGGGAUGCUUUUCUCGGCUGGAACGUUCCUGUAUGUCGCCACAGUUCAUGUGCUACCAGAGAUCAGCUCCAGGGGGCAGCGGCAGCAGAAUUUACCCCACCUACACAAUCAUGGGACUGGGGAGCCAGGAGGCCUGGGUGUCUUGGAGAGCCUGACUUUGAUCCUGGGAGCUGGUUUGCCGGUCCUACUGGCUCUGGGUCUUCAUGACUAGUUCUCAGUCUUAUUCAUCACCCAGCUGUUGAUGACAAACAUUGGGAAAGAAUGUGAGGAAGCCAAGGAAUUGAGAUGUAUCAAGACCAAUAAGUUUAAACCAAGAAGAACUGACCACAAAUUGUUGAUACGUGCACUUUGUAGUCCACCUCAUCACAUAAUCAGAGUUUGUUGUAAUGUGGAUAUGUCGGACGCAGUAUCGCUAACCACCUUUCAAUUGAACUGAUGUGGAUUAAUUACCUGAUGUAUGGAAAAGAUUCAACCAGGCUGAUAGGAUAGGUUGAAGUAAUUGUACAAAUUGUGACAGACUUUUUGUGUAAAAUUGAUAAUGCAAAGAAUGGCGGUCAAAACGUCCUCCAGAGCAAAUAUUUAUAGAACAACAGUUCUGAAGUAAAUGUGACGGUUGUGUGGCUCCUCCCAUAACAUGCACUUUAUUAGUCUGCGGACACAGUGCGUUCUGAUGAGCCGCUGGUGCAAGGGGACGAGGUCGAGGAUCCUUUACGAUAAACGUUGAGGUUCUCAACAGGUCCAUUCCUGGUUGUUGUUGAACUGCCCAAAAUAGUCGUGUCGUUAUUAAUGUCAUUAUGUAAACUAACUUACCCCCACCAUGUCCACAACCUGUUGGCAACAGCAUGGGUGCCUCAACCAGAAAGGGCACAUUAGCAGUGGUCAGGGACAAAUCAUCCAUAGAUCCCAUAGAAUCAUCCAUAGAGUUCCUGGCCCACACUGGUCUACUGGUCUGAAGCCAAUGACUGCGUACUGGUGAAUGGGACUGAAUCCAGCCUGCUGCCAUAUUUCUGUCCAAUAAGGCUUUUAAAUGAUCCAGGAAGUAGUACUAUAAAAAUUAUUUCUUUAGAUUUGUUGUGUAUCACGGCGUGCACUGGUUAUUUUCCGCAAAAACAGAUUUUACUUGAAAACCACUAUUGAUGUAAACAUUUUAAUGUUUUUCUUUCAUUUUAGUCCAGGACUAGGCUUAAUCUAUGUCUGUGAAACCUGCCCAACAUGUUAUAAUAUAUUCUGUUCUUUGAUUACUGAAUGGAUGGCGUUGCACGCUACCCUUGGUCGGGGCCGAGCAUGCGUUGUUUGUGCGGGAGAAUGUCUUGCCUAGUUGGUAAUUUUUUUUAAAUUAACAAUUGGGUUGGUUUGAAAGACUGAGAAUAUAUCCCGGAAUUGGGCCAUUUGAAAGGAAACGUUUCUUUACUUGUUCUUUGUGCUAUUACAGUUUUUUUCCCCUGUUUUGAAUAUGUAGGACAUAAAAAUAAAAUAUGAACUCCAUGAUCUAUGAA